UCUCAUCCUGUGCACACUGUACUAAUUUAUCUUUACCUUCAUGGUUGCUUAAAUGCUCUAGAAUUAAGUUUGACAAUUGGGCUUCUACCCAUGUUUGCAUGUGUGGACACAUUGGAAGUCAUCACACAAACUAUUUUAAUCCUUGAUGUGAUGAUCAGGUGUCAUUUGAUCAGGCAUGGUACUAUUUCUUUUGGAUCCGGAUCAAACUAUUUGUCUUCUUGGUUUCUCUCAACAAAUUGUGAAGAGAAUAAAAGCUUGUUGGGUUUUUUUUUUUGGUAGGUUUUUAUAAUAAUUUUUUUUGAUACAUAGGUUUUUAUAAUAUUAAUGCUAACAUAUUGGCAUGUGUGCAUGUCUUGCUUUUUAGACAUUUGAAUCCUGUAAUCGCGACUGGGGCAUUAAUCAUAUUGGCAUGUGUGCAUGUCUUGCUUUUUAGACAUUUGAAUCUUGUAAUCGCGACUGGGGCAUUGAUCAUUUCAUCGUCACUUUAUUUUCUCCUCAAGGUUUUGUUACUCUUUCUAUCAACCUUUAUCAUUGUUUCCUUGAUGAAGAAAAUAAAAUUUUUCAUAAAUGUUGGUUGAAAGAAAGGAGCUGAGUUUGUCACUCUUUUCUCACUCAUUUCAUAAAGGAGGAGGACAUGUUCUAGGGUGAGAAAAGCCAACACAAUCAUAAAAGAAAGGAAUGAUUUUUGAUAUGGGUUUUGUUUUUCAUUGGAUUAAUGAACGUUUUUCAACCUUUUCUUUGAUGGCUUUUCUUUGUAGGAUCAUACCGAAGACUCUCAUGUGCAAAGAAAUUACAGGAGAAACAGAAGGAGAGGUGAAACCAGUGGCCGGCAUGCAUCAAAGGAAGGCAAAGAUGUCCCGCCAUUCCGACGCUUUCAUCGCAUUACUAGGUGGGUAUGGAACCUUAGAAGAGCUCUUGGAAGUCAUCACCUGGGCUCAGCUAGGAAUCCAUAAUAAACCCGUAAGCAAUCUCUACUAACAGAAAAUCACAUACACGCAACAUAGAAAUACUUGUAUCUUGAAGAUGGGAUAUC